AUAAAAAGCGCUAAGAGUGGCCAGAGGAACUUGUUCUCUCACUAGGGUUUCUUAUCUUACGGCGUGGUGUUCCCUUCCUGCUUGCUCCGAAAAUGGCGAAGAGAACGAAGAAGGUCGGAAUCGUCGGCAAAUACGGAACACGUUAUGGUGCGAGUAUCAGGAAGCAGAUCAAGAAGAUGGAGGUCAGCCAGCACAGCAAGUUCUUCUGUGAGUUCUGCGGCAAGUUCGGAGUGAAGCGAAAGGCUGUUGGUAUCUGGGGAUGCAAGGAUUGUGGCAAGGUCAAGGCUGGUGGUGCUUACACCAUGAACACCGCCAGUGCGGUCACUGUUAGAAGCACAAUCAGAAGGUUGAGGGAGCAGAUCGAGGGUUAAACCUUGUGUGAAUUGCAGCACCGCUAGUGCGGUCUCUGUUAGAAGCACAAUCAGAAGGUUGAGGUAGCAGACCUGGUGGCUUUUUUUAUAUUUUGUUUCUUCGUUUUGACAAUUGAGUUUUGUAGACUCUUUGCUUUUGUGGUUUUGAAUCAAGACUUUAUUAUUACAUUAAGCAGUGAAGGAGGUUUUUAUUCAAUGUUUGAGUUGGUUUUUAA